UUGUGUGUAUAAAUGAGGGAGACGAGGAGCUCUGACCAUCCACUGCUGGAGAUCGUCUUCUUCAGGCUACUACAGCCCUCAUUCCUCCUCGACACACAUAAGAGAUGGCUGCUACCAAGCAGGUGGUUGUGGUUGUGGUAAUGAUAGGCGUGUUGGCGUUGUGCAUGGGCGUGCCACAGUACCCUCCACCACCACCACCACCGCGCUACGGACACUCACCCUCCUACAAGGAGCCCGCACAUCCUUACAACUACGCCUACGAGGUCAAAGAUGGUUAUAAGGGAGUGCAGUUCAGUGCUGGAGAGUCGUCUGAUGGCAACAACGUAAAGGGGUCGUACCAGGUGGCUCUACCAGACGGUCGCCUGCAAAACGUCGAUUACAACGCUGACCACUACACCGGCUACAAGGCCCAGGUCACAUAUCAAGGUGAAGCUCAACAUCCACCUCAGCCCCACUACCCUGCCCCAGCAUCCUACCACCCACAACCACCAUCCUACCAUCCACAACCAUACAGUGGCUAGAUUACCCUCUUGAACCACUUAGUUAUCUUGCCAUAGCAGCUUCAUCCCCUUCACUCUGCAGGAAUCUCUGAUAUACUUAUUAGUUUUGGCCUUAUAUACCGUCCUGCUGCCUUGUUCUAACAGCUCUUUGCGGCUCACUGAAUUUCAGCCAGAACUUAAUGAAGCUUAUAUAAUAAACUGAUAGUAAAUCAAAGAAUACAGUAUAUUUCCAUUAUCUAAGUUUUAAAUAUUUUAUAUUAAAUUGUCCUUUUUAUAUUCUUAGCUUAUAAAAGUAUUCGUGAUUUAACCCGCUCAAAAAUAAGACCCCACAAAUUAAGAGCAGCACUUCGUUUAUCAUUUACUUGCAAUAAGCAGCUCUUAUGUUUACAAAUGUGCAGGAAUGAUUUCUACAAGAGUUGAGGUCAGCUCAUCUGGGCUUCAUUAAGCCAGCUGGGGGUAUUCGGUGUCCUUCCAGUAACGUUGUGAGCUAGUCAGUUUACUGCAGAGCGUGUGGCACACCCGACAUUAAAGACAUUUUCAAACCCCAACACCUGUCACGCCAGUUCCAAAGCCUCCCCCACACCCAACCUUCAAUACCUGCCACAGCAGUUCCAAACAUCGUCCACGCCCAUGCUUUAACACCUUCCAAACCAGAGUUCCAAACUUAACCAAGCCCAAGCUCCCAACAUUUGUCCGUUCUGAAACCAAGCAUUUUUAUUCCUACAGUAACUCUCAUGCACACACACCAGACUUAAUUUUACUUCCCUAUACAAGGAAGAUCACCGUAGCAGGAUGCUACAGAGUAGAGCCUGUCACCCACUGGUUCUCUCGGUUCAAUCCUCCCCCCCCCCCACUCACCUGUAUUAAAAUGUGACACACUGAAUCCAUGUAGAUUACCCAGCUCUAAGAGGGGUGAAGGCUCGGUCCUCCGUUUCCUAAACCACCAUCACUUAAUUGACAUAACAUACUCAAUGCCAUCUACGACCUUGAACUACCCGCCACUACCACCAACAUACAACAUAUAUCACUGCUUAUUACCAAACAACAUAUACCAAUCACUGCCAUUACUACUACUACUACUAGUUCACUACCCUGACCACCAUCCACAUGCACUCAACAUAUAAACAUUAAUACCAAUCUCCAAUGUUACUCAACACAUUAUCAUGCCCACACUGUCACAUGCCGCUGCAAACAUUUUUCUAACUUAGCUUUAUGUUCACUAUGUUUGUUAAGAAUUGUUGCAAGUUUUCAAUAAUCUUCAAUAAAAGUUAAAAAAGUUAAGAUGAUUGUAUGACAUUUUCCCCAAGUGUUAACUAUGUCAGGUCAAGAGAUGACGUGCAAUCCUUCUUCACUGUUCUUUGAGAAAGUGAUUGACACGCAACAAAAGCGGAACAAAAGAGCGUUUAGAAUUUGUUUCGAUUUCAUUGUGGUCAAGUUGCAUAAUC